CAGAGUUGUUGCAGCAGUAGACAUAACACGCAUGUGUACUACUUUAGUCUGCACAUGAGCUGUUAAUUAACUUUCUUUCACCAGUUUUACACAUUAAAACUGAGAUGAAAACAUUAGUUGUAGGAGUUGGCGGGAUAACCAACGGAGGAAAAUCCACUCUGUCUAGGAGUCUACACCAGCAGAUACCCAACAGCUAUCUCAUUGCACAGGAUUCAUAUUUUAAGGAUGAUUCUGUGGUACCAGUGGACAGCAAUGGGUUUAAGCAAUAUGACACGCUCGAUGCUCUCCACAUGGACACAAUGAUGAGCGAUGUCGACUCGUGGCGAAGAGAUCCUGAGUCGUUCUUGAGGCUGCGAGGCCUGAAGCCAGAGCACACGACACCAUCAGUGGAUGAAGAGGUGUAUGUGCUGAUUGUGGAGGGCUUCCUCAUUUUCAACCACAGGCUUCUGAAUGAGCUAUUUUACAAGAGAUACUUCAUGGAAAUACCGUAUGAUGUCUGCAACAGGAGACGAAGUUCGAGGGCGUACACGCCUCCUGAUCCUCCUGGAUACUUUGACGGACACGUGUGGCCGAUGUACCUGAAAAACAGGCAGGAGAUGGAGAGCACGGUGUCUGAGAUUAUAUUUCUGGAUGGACAGGAGCCAAAGGAAGAACUACUGGCUGCUGUGUGUAAAGAUGUUUGUCAGGAAAUAGAAAGGCUCAGGGAGAAAGAUUGACAUGGUCUGGAUUUGAUUUGUUUGCCUUUUGAAGAUGGAGACUGCUGCUCACAUGGAUGUCAGGAAAGUUAAUUUCUUUUUACUAAUGUGUGACUUAAGGGACCAAACCAAGUGUUGAUGUCUAUGUAAAACCUAUAAUAGUUAGUAUUGCUGAAAAAAGUAAAAUACUGUGGAUGAGAAUUACCUGAUGCUGUAGCAUCUAAAAAAAUAGUUAAGCUGGAGACUGGACAGAGACUGCGAGGAUCACAGAAAACCUGAUGACUUUAUUUAGUCAUCAGGUUCAUGACCGUAUUUUAAAGUCACUGGGAAACCUAAAUAUUUUUAAGUUUUUCACAAAGUUGAUGCUGAAUAUAGUCGAUAUAGUUGAUAUCUUACAAUGUUUCUCUCACUGCAUAGUUUUUUAAUAAUGUACUGAGGAUUUUGAUUCUAACAUACCUGUAAAUAUUAAACAAUGAUCGUGGCA